GAAGCAAAGCUUUAAAUGCAUUUCGAUACAUUUUCGAUAAGAACGAAAUUGUAUGUGCAUGCAACACACUCUCAUCCGGCAUAAUAUUGUGCGAAACGCUAACGUCAACAAACAAAUCAACUUAGCCACAUAGCCAAUAUGUUAAACUAAAUUAAGCUGUUAAUAUUAAUAAUAUAAAGAAAAUCUUUGCAUAAAACUUUCCACAUUAAUCUGCAUAUUCGAAAAUUCAAGAGUCGGCACUGCUGGCGCUGCCCUGCAAAUAACUGACGUGGACCUGCUCAGGUGUUGUUGUUCUACACGAGAGGUUGAUUAAUAAACAGCUGCGGGUAAGAGCAUGGCUAGUGCACGUCGUCGCGGACAAAUCAGCGAAGUGCCGCUGAUUGCUGAUAAAACUUUCGAUGCGUUGGGUAAGCAUGACGAGGACCAUGAAGAAAAGCAUGAGCGGCCAGAUUUGCGCGGUGAUAGGCGCAACAUUGGCAUACUGUUGUUCCUCUACAUCCUACAAGGCAUACCCAUUGGCCUGAUCGCAGCCAUACCCAUGUUGCUGCAGAAUCGCGGCGCAAGUUACAAGCAGCAAGCCGAGUUUUCAUUCGCUUACUGGCCAUUCAGUAUAAAGCUGCUGUGGGCGCCUAUUGUGGACUCGAUUUAUGUUCGACGCUUUGGACGCCGUAAGUCCUGGCUAGUGCCAGUGCAGUAUCUUCUGGGCAUUUUUAUGCUGCUGCUUUCGGCGAACGUGGAUCGUUGGCUGGGCGGAAAUGGUCUGGAGCCGAAUGUGCCUUUGCUAACGCUCCUGUUCUUUGUGCUUAAUUUCCUGGCCGCCACACAAGACAUUGCUGUCGAUGGCUGGGCUUUGACCAUGCUGAAGCGCUGUAAUGUGGGCUACGCUUCAACCUGUAAUAGUGUGGGCCAGACUGCUGGCUACUUCCUUGGCUAUGUUGUGUUUAUUGCUCUGGAAUCCAAGGACUUUUGCAACUCAUAUCUGCGCUCCGAGCCUGCCGAUGUCGGCAUGGUGACGCUGCCUAGGUUCCUCUGGUUCUGGGGCAUUACAUUUAUAGUGGCCACCACUUUGGUUGCAUUAUUUAAGAAGGAAAACGACAUUGAAGACGCACAUAUGGCGGCGCGCUAUACCGUCGAGCACGAGCUAAACUUGCGCGAGAGCUACAAAGUUCUCUGGGACAUGAUAUGGAUGCGACCUGUGCAGAUAUUAGCCCUCAUCCUACUGACUGUCAAGGUGACAUUUGCUGCCUCCGAUUCAGUGACCUCGCUGAAGCUCGUGGAGUACGGAGUACCCAAGGAAAAGUUAGCGCUGCUGGCCAUACCUGUUAUACCGCUGCAGCUAAUCCUGCCUAUUGUAGUGGGCAAAUAUACAAAUGGACCGCGCCCUCUGGUAGUCUACCUGAAGGCUAUACCCUAUCGCAUAAUUUUAGCUUCGGUGGCCACGGUGAUUGCGUACGCCACGCCCUGGAUGAUCGAUGGCGGAGUCGUGCCUGUCUACUACUAUGUGCUGCUGGUGGUCAGCUAUGCGUGCUAUCAGAUAUUUCUAUACUCCAUGUUUGUGUCUGCCAUGGCGUUCUUUGCCAAGAUCUCAGAUCCCGCCGUCGGCGGCACGUACAUGACAUUCCUGAACACACUGUGCAAUCUUGGCGGUAACUGGCCGAAUACUGUAGUACUUUGGCUUGUUGAUGUGCUCACGCUGAAGCAGUGCACUAGGCAGCAGGACAAUCACUGCGAAGACAAGCAGCAGGAGCAGGAUUGUUUAGGUGGGGACGGCCAGUGUGAAAUAGUCUAUGACGGAUACUAUGUAGAGGCAGUGGUGCUCACCAUCUACGGCAUCAUAUGGAUUCUAGUCGCCCGUAAAUGGAUUCUCUAUUUGCAGGAUCUUCCCACAAAAGCUUGGAUGGUGAUUAAGGCGCCAAGGUUGAAAGCGCGGUAGCAACUAAUCGUCUGAUCGUGAUCUUCGCAUUGCGCUAAGCGCAACUCCCAAGUACAAGAAGCUAUCUUCAGCCAUGUAGCACGAAGAAUACGACUAAGACUAGGACUAGGACCUAUUUUCAUUGUAAGCUAGGCAAAUUUAUUAAUUUUGUAGUGGCCACGGUUCGCACCCGUCAUGGUAUUGUUUUUGUAACUAAAUAUUUCCAUUGGAAACAAAAUAAAUUUUAAUGUUGAGCCUAGCUGUACAUAUCCUUAAGCAGGGAAUAAAUUAAGCUCA